CGGCAUCAUGGCGACCGAAUGGCAGAAUUAUUUAGAUGAAGAGGGGUUUUCUCAGUUUGAGGAAGCAAGAAAGCUGAGUGACGAAUAUUCGUUGGACGAUCCGGAAGAUGACCCCUACUUGUCAAAAUAUAAGGCCAGAGAGAUCCUCUGUAGUAUCAAAGAGAAACUCAAAAGCCAAUUUGAAGCCAACCCAGAUUGCGAGCACCUGCGUUUUGCUUCUGCUGCUUUGGAUGUAAAACUAGGAUCUAACUACGUUGAUACCGAAGAACUCCCGACCGGGGAAGAGCACCUCCUCAGGGCUCUGGACGAACUUGAGAAAUAUCGACUGCACAAAGAUGCUUCAAAUAUUUAUCAUUCGAUCCUGAACAACAUUGGAAUUCUUUGGACAGGACGGAGAAAUCAAAAGAAGGCUCUGGAAUAUUUCCUGAGAGCAGAAAGUGUUUACAACGACUGGAAACAAGAAGCCAGUGGAUCACCAAAAUCAAUUGAAGAAUACUAUAGAAAAUUUGACGAGGAUAGCGAAAAGCUUGAAUAUCAGAGAAAUCAGGCUUUUGAGGCAACGUAUACGCACACACUUUACUACAUGGCCCAAGUACAUGCUAAGCUCGGCGACAGCAAGCAGUCUGCACAGUACUGCCAAACAACUCUUCAACGCCAGUUAGACAGUCAGACAUAUGAUCCUUAUGACUGGUCCAUUAACGCUGCAACGCUUUCACAAUAUUAUAUAACUGUUGGGGAUUUUCGACAGGCACGUCAUUGUCUUGCAUGUUCUCAACUGAUAUUCCAAGAAAUCGAGGCUAAUGGUUCAAUAAAAAAGGACAUGGAGACAUAUGAAGAAAAAUACACUCAGGCAAAAGCAGACAUAGAGAUAUGCUGGGCAAAGUAUGGAAUCGCUCUGUUGGAAGAAUCAAAAGAUUUGUUAAUGAAAGAAGUUGAAGACAAAGGUGCUGAGGAAAAAAAAUCUACGAAUGACGAAAAGAUGAAAUACCAAAACUUUAAUCUUGAAGUGACAUUCCAUGAGGAUAAAAUUACUUGUGACUUUGUACAAGUAUUCUCAGACGCAAGAGAGGUUUUCUUGAAAGUGCAGAAAUGGCUGAAUGAUGCAAAGGAAUUCUAUGUGUUUGACGGACGUUGUACAGACCACAUUGAAGUCAUCCAGGAUCAAAGCCGAGCUUUCAAAGUAUUAGCAUUUUUUGAAAUGGAUCUUGAACGCCAGUGCAAAAUGCACAAGAGGAGAAUAGACAUGCUGGCUGCAAUUGUUGGCGAAUUGAAUCCUCAGCAUUAUCUACUGAUAAUGCGUCAACUCACUUUUGAAUUAGCAGAGAUCUUCAGCCAAAUGGUGGAUCUAAAAUACAGUAUUAUGGAAUCGGAGAGUCCUACACCAUCGAGGCACAUCAUCAAGAAGAUAAAUACAUUGAUACAGCAAAGCAUUGAACAUUACCAGACAUAUAUGGAUUCUCUGAAAGAUGGAAAGCCAGAACUACCGGAAGAAUUCUCAGAUUCAAACACAAGACCAGCAUUGAUUGCGAAGUUUUGUAUGGGUCGUCUGCAUUCCAAAUUUCUCGUAUCUGAUGUCCAGCAAAGACUUGAAAAUAUAAAGAAAACAUCAGCUUGCUAUGAGUUCAUCAUUAACUACUGUGAUAAAUUUCCACAUGGUGCAGAAGUAGUAGCACUGGAGUUGUCUGUGUGCAGGGAAAUGGUGCCUCUCUUACCUGUUAAAAUGGAAAAGAUUCGGCAACAGGCAGAAAUGUGAAAAAGUAAAUGAAACAUGGCACUACUGAUGCAAUAGGUUAAGAGAUAUGUAAAGCAGAAUAUUUCUCUUUUACUAUCAAAGAAGUCAAAACUUUCCAUAAAAGGUAUAUACCUGGAGGAAAAGAAAACUCUAAAAUAAUAAGAAUCCAUUUUCAGAAUUUGUUUUAGUCAAUAUUGUGUAGCUAUAUUUAUACGUGAAACUGUCUCCUUUCAAGCUUUUAAUCCAGUUCAUUUGACUUCAGAAAAUGUUUAAAAGUGGUGUGGUUUAUAUGAUGACUGUUCAAGUUCAAAUUGUGACAGUCUAAAAGUUGGGAAAAUUUGAAACUUAAGCUUUUAGUUUGUAUUACAGUAAGAAAAACAUGUAAAUUAUGCUUCAAACUAGAGGAAUUUCUCCUACUGAUAUAUUGUACCAUUGAUGUAUUUUAGCAUUAAUUAAUGCUUUAAAUAUUCAUAUUGUGUUACUUUUUAUUUAUUAAAACAUGACAGUAUUUUA